GACUGUCUGUUGGACUGGAUUCUGCUGAAGGAGAGUUUUCAGACUGAAGUGGACAAACUUACAAAGUUCAGACAUCCGAACAUCGUAGAUCUGCUGGGCUUCAGUGAAGGACAAGGAUCGAGGUGUCUCAUCUACAGUUACAUGGACAACAUGUCCCUGGAGGACCAACUACACAACGAGUGUGUGUCCCUGUCCUGGUCUCAGAGAGUCACUGUCGUUGAAGAAACAUCAACAGCUCUGCAGUUCCUUCACUUCCCCCCCGAAGGACACAAACCGCUCAUCCAUGGAGACGUCAAGAGCUCGAACAUCCUGUUGGACCGUCACAUGGUGGCAAAGCUGGCAGACUUUGGUCUGGCUCGGUGCACGGCUCGCAGCACGUCGGGACCCUCACCGGCUCAGACGGCGUCGGUCGGUAAGACGGCGACGAUUAGAGGAACGCUGGCGUACCUGCCUGACGAGUACGUGAGGAACGGGGAGCUGGGGACUGCCGUGGACGUGUACAGCUUUGGAGUGGUGCUGUUGGAAGUCUUGACUGGUCGUCGAGCUCUGGAGAAAGACAGGAAGUCAGGAGAGAGAUACCUGAAGGACCUGGUUGAGGAGGUUGAGGACAGUCCGACCGGUUCUUCUGCAGAAACCUGGAGGAAACAGCUGGACCGCCGGCUGAUCCCAGGGGGCAGUGCAGAGCCUGCUGGCUGUAUGGAGAUGGUGGCUCUGGCCUGCAAAUGUCUGGACAGAAAUAGGAAGAAGAGGCCAGCCAUGACGAAGGUGUUUGAAAAACUUAAGGACAUCCACAACCUUGUGAGGAAGACCACCUCCUCAUCCCCCCUCCUUCACCCUCAUCUUCAUCCCCCCUCCCAGUCCUUCCCCAGACCCCCCAGUGCACUGGAUUCCAGCAUAACAGCUCUCUCCCAACAGCUGUCCAAACUGGGACCACUGGAGGACACCUACCAGCCAUCCCAGUCCACUUCCUCCUCCUCCUCUUCUUUCUGCUCCCUCACCCCUCCUCAUCCGCUGCACUCUUCCUCUUCCCUCCUCCCCUCCUCCCCCUCUUUGGCUGGUCCCUGUGAAACCGAUGAAAGUCGAGGCUUUUCCCAGUACAACCUUCGAUCCAACGGGACCAGCUCCAGGUCUCUGUCUCCAUCCACCAGAGACCAGUAUCACAAUCCAGCUGGGCCCUCACAGUCCCAGUUCACCCAACCUUCAGUCCCCACUGAGGACCAGUACAACUUUCCUCCCCAGCCCAGCAGCACCAGUGACAGAUGUAGGCCUGGGGCCCUCACAGGGGCCCUCACGGAACCAGACACUAGAAGGCAGACCACAGCAGGGGGCACAGCAGGGCUCUAUGGUGUCCCAGAAUCCCUCUCUCCUGUGGGGUCCCUGCAUUCAUCGUCCCCGGGGGUCUCAG